GGAGGAGCCGCUCGCUCGCCUGCUCAGCAAUCGGGCAGCGGCAGCAGCAAGCGGGGGGUUAAGCGCUGUUUGUCUGCCGGGGCUCUUGCCUCGCUCGCCUCCCGUUCUUCUCAGAGACUGCCCUGGCUUCUCCUCCGUGCCGAGGUACCGAUUUAGAUACAGUAACCGCUGAAGAUGGCAGAAGAGGUCAUUGUACCAAUUUACUGUACCGGCGUCUCAGCACAGGUCCAGAAGCAGAGGGCAAAGGAGCUGGGCUUGGGGAAACAUGAGAAUGCAGUGAAAUUCCUUAGUCAGGACUACGAGAGAAUUCGGAAUGAAUGUUUGCAGAACGGAACUCUUUUCCGGGAUGACACGUUCCCUCCUACGGCUUCCUCCCUGGGUUUCAAAGAACUGGGACCAAAUUCUUCCAAAACAUAUGGAGUCAAGUGGAAACGGCCUACGGAAAUGUGCCGCAACCCGCUCUUCAUUGUGGAUGGAGCCACCCGUACAGAUGUCUGUCAAGGAGCUCUGGGUGACUGCUGGCUCCUGGCGGCCAUUGCCUCACUCACACUGAAUGACCCCCUUCUGCAUCGCGUGGUCCCCCAUGGACAGAGUUUCCAAAACGGGUAUGCAGGCGUUUUCCACUUCCAGAUCUGGCAAUUUGGCGAGUGGGUAGAUGUGGUGGUGGAUGACUUCCUCCCAGUGAAGGAUGGGAAGCUGGUCUUUGUGCACUCUGCAGAAGGCAAUGAAUUCUGGAGUGCCCUGCUGGAGAAGGCAUAUGCAAAAGUAAAUGGCUGCUAUGAGGCCCUGUCUGGGGGAAGCACUUCGGAAGGGUUUGAAGACUUCACUGGAGGUGUUACUGAGUGGUACGAACUCCGAAAGCCACCCAGCGACCUCUUCCAGAUCAUCUCGAAGGCUAUAGAGAAGGGGUCUCUCUUGGGUUGCUCCAUUGAUAUCACAAGUGCUUUUGACAUGGAAGCUGUCACGUUUAAGAAGCUGGUGAAAGGCCACGCCUAUUCUGUCACUGGAGCUGAGCAGAUCAACUACCGAGGGCAGAGGGUUAGUCUGAUACGGAUACGAAACCCAUGGGGAGAGGUGGAAUGGACUGGAGCUUGGAGUGACAAUUCUGGGGAGUGGAAUGUGGUGGAACCUUCUGUGGGGCAGCAGCUAAGAAUUAAAAUGGAAGACGGGGAAUUCUGGAUGUCCUUCCAAGACUUCCUCCGGGAAUUCACUCGCCUUGAGAUCUGCAACCUCACUCCAGAUGCACUGAAGUCACGUAAAAUCCGAAAGUGGAACACCACACUGUAUGAUGGGACCUGGCGGCGGGGGAGCACAGCAGGUGGCUGCAGGAAUUUUCCAGCCACAUUCUGGAUUAACCCCCAGUUUAAAAUACGUCUUGAAGAGGUGGACGAUGAUGACGAUGAUAGGCAGAGAGAGUCAGGGUGCAGUUUCCUUUUGGCACUGAUGCAGAAACACCGGCGCCGCGAGAGGCAAUUUGGGAAGGACAUGGAGACCAUUGGCUUUGCAGUCUAUGAGGUACCUCCUGAGUAUGUGGGCCAGCCCUCAGUCCACCUGAAGCGAGACUUCUUCCUGUCAAACUCUUCACGGGCCCGCUCAGAGCAGUUCAUCAACUUGCGUGAAGUCAGCACGCGUUUCAAGCUGCCCCCGGGCGAGUACAUUGUGGUGCCUUCCACGUUUGAGCCUAAUAAGGAAGGUGACUUUGUACUCCGGGUAUUCUCCGAGAAGAAAGCUGGGACAGUGGAAAUGGAUGAUCAGAUCCAGGCUACCCUUCCAGAUGAGAAAGUGCUUUCAGAGGGAGAAAUUGAUGCUAGUUUCAAGCAACUCUUUAAGCAGCUGGCUGGGCCGGAUAUGGAAAUCAGUGUUCGCGAACUACGGACUAUCCUCAACAGGAUCAUGGGCAAACAUAAAGAUCUUCGGUCAAAAGGUUUCAGCAUAGAGUCCUGCCGGAGUAUGGUGAAUCUCAUGGACAGAGAUGGAAAUGGGAAACUUGGACUUGUGGAGUUCAACGUCCUUUGGACCAAAAUUAAGAACUAUUUGGCGGUCUUCAGGAAGUUUGACCUUGAUAAGUCAGGAAGCAUGAGCGCCUAUGAGAUGCGGAUGGCUCUGGAGUCUGCAGGCUUCAAGCUCAACAAGAAACUCUACGAACUGAUCAUCACCCGCUAUUCUGAGCCUGACUUGGCCGUUGACUUUGACAAUUUUGUUUGUUGUUUAGUGCGGCUUGAAACCAUGUUCCGGUUUUUCCAAGCCCUGGACAGUGACAAGGAUGGAAUAGUCACUUUUGACUUGUUUAAGUGGUUACAGCUGACCAUGUUUGCCUGAAAAAGAUACAGAGUCAGUCCUGCACGGCUGUCCGGCCUUCCUUCUUCCCGUUAUCCUACCUGCAAGUGCCUUGCGUCUGGAUGUGGUAGCUUCUUGUUUUAUGCCACUUCUGCUUCCAGUAAAGCUUCCCCCUUCCCACCUGCACCACCUUGCCUCGUUUGCCUCAUGUGCCAGGUGGACUCUCUCGGCUCCACUGCUGUGCCUGGUCACGUGACUUCGGAAGCCUUUCAAGUUUACCACCGCCUGAAGCCACCUGUUGCGUUGAAUAAUCUGCAGUAGCAGUCAGUGGCAAGAACAAUGCAGCGCCAGAGCUGCAGACAGGCCUUAUUGCUCAAUUGCAGGCUUGUUGUCUUUAAAAGGAGUAUAUCACAGUGCCAACAUGACUGAUGCCAAGAGUUGUCAGCGCUGGGCAAGGCAGUGCAUGCUGGAAAAAUCCUGGCCUCCAAAGGCCAGUCUUUUGGACUUCUUUUGUGCUUUUUUUCUGACAUCAUGCUUUGACUGAACGUCUGUAAUUCCUAUGUUCUUGAGAAGUGUGUGAAGAAAGGGUCAGACCAUAGCCAAAGAAGCAUUAUAUUUUUUAAUGUGCAAUGUGUUGGACCCUCAGACAUAUGUCUUAAAACAUGCCUCUCUGACAAGCUGGCCCACUAUAAUACAGCUUUCUCUGACAUUGUAAAGAUGAGUGCCAAGUCUUCAACCCUAUUCCCAGAUGCUCCCCUAUAUUUGUGGUUGGCAACCAUAGCAAUCAAGCUCAUGCCACCCCUAUAAUUAAUGCCAUGCAUGCUGAGAAUUCUCUGCCCCCCAUAAGCCAAACUUUUUAAAGCUUUUUGCCAUUUUUCUAGUAUCUAUCCUCCUCCAAAGAAUUCAGGGCAUUAUACAUGGGAUUCCCAUUUUAUUAUCACAACAACCCUAUGAGGUAGAGUUAGGCUGAAAGAAAGUGGCCUGGCCUAAGAUCAUUCAGGUCUUAGCCGUUACACCAUAUUGGCUCCUCCUUGUAGGCUUCUCUACACACACAUAGUGUGUGUAGUAUUUCAGUGUUUGCCAACAAAAUCCCUACUAAAUUUUAAACCCUCACAUCAGUGCCAAGGACUGCCUCCUUCCAGUGCCAGAGUCACUUUCUUUUCAUGGUACACAUUUAGGUUUCUAGUAUAUUGCCUUUUAUCAGACAUGCAUUGUGGCCAUUUGAGCCCUGAGGCCUGGCAAGGGAAUCUUUUCUUACAAAUGCCCUUUCUGCAAGUGGGCCAGUCUUUUGUUCACGUGAGAGAGGCUGAGCCAUCGUGUGUGUGGUGUUUGCUACAAUCGAUUUGGGGUCUUUGGCACUGUUCAUCAUCUACUUUUUAACUCAACACUCAAAUGCUUCUACAAAUUCACUGAAGAGAUAUUUCAAGAGAUUGGCUAAAUCUGGACUAGCUCUGUGUGUAUCCCUCAAGGUUUGGGUUCCCACCACUGGCAAAAGAGUUCUUUUUAUGUCCUCCCCAAGGGGCCUACGUAGUAUGCAAUUUCAUCUUAUAAAUAAUUUGAAGUACUUGUGGCUGGAAUGUUGUGUGACGGCAAUAAAAACACACAUAAAUCCUUCUGGAUCAGACCAGUGGUCUGUCUAGUGCAGCAUACUGUUUCACACAGCGACAACCAAUUGUUGUGGAGGGCCAAACAAACAGGGCACGUGGGCUGAACCCCUCCCCUUCUGCAACCUCCCAGCACUGGUUGUCAGAGAUUUGCUGCUUCUGUAUAUGGACACUCCCUUCAAUUGCCAUGGCUAGUAGCCAUAGUCUCUCCUCUCCCAACUGCUGGCAGCAAAGGAGGCUUUUAACUGGGUAAUACCUUCUAUCAGGUCCUUCUCAUCUUUUGUUAAUGGACCCUAAGUAGAGGCCCUCCAGAACUAAUAGGGGUCAGGUGUAAAUUGAUCAUUAAUCUUAUUUUAACUCCUGGGGAUGUUGGUGACAUGAAAGACAACCCAUUUAACUUGGUUAGUCUUUAAGGUGCCACCAAACUGUUUUGUAUAUUCUCAAAAACUCAUACCCUGGAAAUCUAGUCGGUCUCUAUGGUGCAACUAGACUUGAAUGCCACUUCCUGUGUAUCUUUCUGGAAACUUAUGAAGGCAUCCCAGUGUUUGCUGAUCAUCCCUUGCUUGAGGCCUAAAGGCUAGACUUUUUUCUUCUUGCAACAGCCAGCUUGGGAAGUUGGUGUCUAAAGACUGCAGCAGUUGAGCCCUCCUCACCUAUUCCUAUGCUUACUCCCAGAAAGCUUUGAGGGGGCCUAGAAGCUCCUCUUUCCCCCUCUGAGGCUUGUUUUUGUAUCCCCUCAGUAUGCUGCGAAGGGAGAUGCUGGUGAUGAGCUUGCUUCAGUAACAUUGCCAGGAGGGUUCUAUAUCAGGGAUUGUGUUUUACAUGCUUGUGAGGUAACUGGGUACUACUGGUUUUACCCCCUCCCCCUUUAUUUGUAUUGUAGAAACCAAUUACCAAAAUAAUAAAAGUGCUGUUAUUAAAGCUUA